AUGGUGCCUUCGAGUUUCAAGAAUGAUUCUGGUGCCAGCAGUCAGGAAAGCACAGCCACAGAGUCCACUUUACGUCCGGAUGAAAGGGACAAGCUGGUCUGGGAUAUCAGACUCAAACCCUUCAUAACGUCGGAUUCCUCGGACGACGGAGUUGGCACUAAUGAAACUUACGGGACCGCGUCUUCUGAUCUGUGGUCGCGCAAACCCACGUCAGAGAACAAUGACACCUCUAGGACUCCCGUGUCUGGUACCAACAAGAAUCCUAGUCCUCCACGUCCCGCCCUUCACGUCACAACUCCAAGCUCUGGGCCCGGUAGUAUGACGCGCGGUGUCCCAGCCAAUUUCCCAGCACCACCUGAUUUCAUGCCACAGCUACGCCCUCCUCGACCGCGUACGCCGAAGACUAGGCACAAAAGCAGCACGUUUGAGGAGUCCACCUGGGCGCAUCGUCCUCCUCCAGAGGAUGUCUACGAUCGACUCGAGGAGUUCUUCCCGGAGCAUGAUCUCGACAAACCCGUCAUUGAAGCCAAUUCUGGCGGGACAUCGCCCACUACCAUAGACCAUACGUACGGGAUUUCAAACAUCGUUGAUAGAGACAAGGCACUGGUACGACCGAAGAAGUCCAUCCGUAUCGUUGCGGAAGAACACAAGAAGCGGAUAGAUCGCUUUUCUAGGGGUGAUAUAUCAGCCGACAACAGCAUCUGGCGGAAGAGGAGCACGAAGUUAUGGGGAAGUCGCAUUGAGGAAGUCGAUACCUCGUCGCAGACGAAGGCGAACUACAACAAGACGCUCCCUGACUCCCCGGCAGGUGGUCCUAGACGUGAGUUUUCUGCUUUUCUUUACUGUACUGAGCUAAAUUGUAAUUCAGCGAUAUUCAAAUGGGUCCGUGGUGAACUCAUCGGCAAAGGAACGUAUGGUCGCGUAUAUCUUGCCCUCAAUGCCACUACGGGCGAGAUGAUUGCUGUCAAGCAAGUUGAAAUCCCCAUAACCGCCAGUGACAGAAAAGACAACCGUCAGAUGAGCUUCGUAACGGCACUCAAAAUGGAAAGCGAGACAUUGAAGGAUCUCGAUCAUCCUCACAUUGUGCAAUACCUUGGAUUCGAGGAGACACCGACGUUCUUGAGCAUUUUCUUAGAAUACGUGCCCGGAGGCUCGGUCGGAAGCUGUCUGCGAGACCAUGGCAAAUUCGACGAGGAAGUUACGAAAUCGUUCACAGGACAGAUUCUCGAGGGUCUGGAAUAUCUCCAUUCCAAGAAUAUCAUACACCGAGAUUUGAAGGCAGACAAUAUCUUGGUGGAGAAAACGGGAAUUUGCAAGAUCUCUGACUUUGGUAUUUCAAAACGCACAGACGAUCUCAAUGGCAUGGCUUCUACGGCGAUGCAGGGCACAGUUUUCUGGAUGGCACCGGAGGUCAUACAUCCCCAGAAAAAAGGCUAUAACUCCAAAAUUGACAUAUGGAGUGUGGGCUGCGUCGUCCUUGAGAUGUGGGCAGGGAAGCGGCCAUGGAGUGAUGAUGAAGCUAUAACAGUCAUGUUCAAGGUAUACCAGAAUAAGCAACCCCCGCCCAUACCUUCCGACGUGGUGCUAUCCGAUCUUGCAAAAGACUUCAAGGAUAGAUGUUUCGCAAUGCAAGUUGAUCCGGAGGACCGCUCGAGCGCUGCGGACCUUCAACUACACCCAUACCUGGAACUUCCAGAGGGCUGGGUAUUCAACGAUUUUAAGUAG